UAACUGGCCACUUUGAAAAGUUGUUGUUAACCGACGACUCUAUCCUAAACACAUACCACAGCAACACGGUAGUUUUUACGUGCUCCAGCUCCGAGAUUAUACACAGGUCAAAAUGCAUCAUAGUUGUUACAUGUGGAUUUUAGUCGUCGCAACAGCGGUGUGGACGGACGCAAUCACAGGACACGAAGACAAAGUCGGGAUCAAAAGUCAACAGGCGCAGCAACAGCAACAAUCUGAUAUUAUGCAAACUAUGGUGGACGGUGGUGGGCAUCAGUCAUCUCCGGCAGAAAAUUAUUUCAAUGACCCACUGAGUCCAUUUGGCUAUUUGUCCAAACGCGCGCACAAACAAUACGGAUUUGGACUGGGAAAACGUCUUUACAGGCAAUACGAGUUUGGAUUGGGCAAACGGUCAGCGUCAAAGCAAUACGGAUUUGGUCUUGGUAAACGGGCUGCGCUUAAGCAGUAUGAGUUUGGCUUAGGAAAACGGGCAUCACCAACCUUCUAUAGUUUUGGUCUGGGACGACGAGCUUCGCCGCAGUACAGUUUCGGACUUGGAAAAAGGGUGUCGCACCCGUCAUUCCUAAACGUGGACGACCGUGAAUCGGACUACACGUAUAACGACUUGUCGGAGGAGAAGAAGAGGACGGCGGACGAUAUGAGUCACGGCCAGCGGUUCGCUUUCGGACUGGGCAAACGAGGUGCGGGGGCGGAAUGGGACGACGCCGACGGUGACGGCGACGACACGGCGCCCAUUUGGCACCCAGCCGUCAGGCGGGCUCGUCUCCAGUACGGUUUCGGGCUAGGCAAAAGGGCCGACCGCGACUAUGACGCCACCACCGGUACUGAGUACGCAGAUACGCUACAGUUGGCUGAUGACGUCGCUGCUGCUGACAUCAACAACUAAAAGAAAUAACAAAUGUUCACCCAAACAACACACACACACACCAAACAUACACACACAUACACAAACAUUGAUACAUACAUCAUACAAACAGUGGUAAACUUAUUAUAGGUGGAGAUUAGUGGCGGGGGAGAGAAAGUUAUCCCUCAAAUACAAUUGGUUUCAACGUUUAACUAACAUCUUUAAUUUUAUAGCACGUAAUAUAAGAACCUUUUGCUAUUCACUUAAAAUAUAGUUUUUAUCUUUGGUCCUACUCCUCAACCCAUCUCAUACUGAAAAUAAAAAAUUAUUUAUUUUAUUAAAAAUAAGUAAAAUYGUUACCUUUAUUCAAAAACAAU